UGCUACUCUCCUGCUGGACGACGAGAGUUGGCAUCGGUAUUAAUAUCAAAUAAACUAUAUUUUUACGGCGGAUGGAAUAGACCGAAUUCAAGUGGAGUCGGACUAAGCGACAUUUUUUAUAUCGAUUUGAGUCAGCCAUUUGCGACUUCUGAUCCAACAUUCCAAUCACAGGGAAUACUAGUGCCAAAGGCCGCCUAUAGUGCGGUUGUUUAUGAAAAUGAAAUUAUCAUUUUUGGCGGAGGCGCAACUGUAAUUUCUCCAGGAAUAAUUAAUGAUCUCGUCAUAGUCAAUGAAACUAAUUCUUUUGUUAGUAAUAUUACGCUUACAAGCAAGAACGGCUCAAACUCAAAUUCUUGGCCAUCCCCAAGAAGAUGGCAUACAGCUGUGAUUGAUUCAACCAAAGCAAAGAUGUAUAUUUGGGGUGGUGAGGAUAACAAUGGUAAUACUCUUGGUGAUGCAUUGUAUAUAUUUGAUGUUUUAAAAUAUUCUUGGGAAGCCUCUACUUUAACGACUCAACCAAACGGUCGUAAGCAACAUACAGCGACACUGAUACCUGAUGGAAAAAUUAUUUUUAUAGGUGGAAUAAAUAAUCCUGAUAUAACGCAGCUUGAUAUUUAUGACACUAUUGCAGAUCAAUGGUCGCAAAAGAAAGCAACAACAUCUGGAUCUGUUUUUUCUCGAUGGAGUCAUACAGCUACUCUUACAACUAAUAACCGAAGCAUAAUAAUGUACGGAGGUCAAUCAAAUAAUUCUUAUCCAAUAGGCAGCAUUGCAGUUUUGGAUCUUACCACUUAUAUAUGGACUAAUACUAUACCUUCUG